AUGUCAUUUAAUAAAUUUAUUGAUUUUUCAGCACAUGUCGACACUUCUACUAUUAAAAAGUUUGAAGAAAAAGAUAAAGAAAUUGAACGAAAUAUCUCGGAACAAGGAGAUACUACUGUAGACAUAAAUAAUGAAUCAAGUAAUUUAUACUUAGACGAUGAUGAAACGUCUAAAAACAACAUGAAUAGCGAUUAUCGUAUUAACCACUCCAAAGAAGCUAGCGACUUAUCCUCAAAUAGUGAUACAAGAUUUCAACGUAAAAAAGCUUGUUGUUGUCUGACGAGAAUUGUAUUGAUAUGGGUCACCGUUAUUUUAUUAAUGUUCGGGUUAAUUUAUGCGAUAGUAAUCGUAGUCUGUAUUCAAAAUUGUGAUCAUUUGUCAAAGCAUAUUGAUUCAAUAGAACCAGAAAUAAUUUCAUAUGAUCCAAAUCUUUAUACCAACUUUACUAUUGAAGAUUUUAACAAUGUCAAGGAAGGCGAAAUUGUUGUGUCACAAAGCGUCGUGCCUAAUGAUAAUAAUGCUACAUUAUCCAUUCGACUUGCAACUUUAACGUAUACAAAAGCUUAUAUGAAAUCAGAAUUUCAAGAUUCCACUUUUAUAUUACAGAUCUUACGAGAAUCAUUUCCAAAUUCAAAAAAACUAGCAUGGUUGGGAUAUUUGUCAAUUCCACCGAAAUGUGUCGUGGCAAGAUUAGAAUUAACAUUACCACAAUUUACAAAGAACGCAACCACGCUAAUUAAUUCCAACAGAUUUAAAACGAAUUUUACGCAAAAUUUGGUUCCAUAUACAAGUCCGAUUCAUUUAGAAACUUCAGAUGGUGAUAUUUCAUUUGAAAACAAUUUAUUAGCGAAUCAAUUAUCAAUUGUGACUCAAGGUGGAAAUAUUAAUGGAAAUUUAAUUCAAUCAAAGCAAAAUGAUAUUAAUAUUGAAACCCAUAAUGGUAAAAUUACUAUAAAUUUGGACAUUAAAGGUGAUAAAAAUUUAGUGAAUCAAGGACAAUCUAAUGUCAAAGUUACGACUUCAAAAGGAGAUAUUAAUUUAGGCAUAAGCAUUGAAAAAGAUAUUAAAAGUCCCAAUGUUGAAAUAAAUUCGAUUCAUUCUGAUAUCUCGGUUGGAUUUAAUAAUUCAUUUAAUGGACAUUAUGAAAUAAAAUCUGCUGGCAAAAUUAAAGUAGUAAACAAUCUUGAAAUCACGAGUAAAACAAAUGGUGAAAUAGGUGAUUUUAAUAAUGAAGAAUUAAGUGGCGUUGUAAAUAUUCGAUCCAAAAAUGGUGAUGUUGACGCGAAGUUUUAG